AUGACAUCCGAACAAAUCUGUGAUGACCUCGCUAUAAGGUACGGAACUUUGGAAGCUUUUGAGAUAGAAAAGAAAAUUGGGAAGGGGCAGUUCUCAGAUGUACAUCGUGCGAGGUGCAAGGAAGACGGAAGGAAAGUAGCUUUGAAGAGGAUAAAGGUUUAUGAAAUGACGGACCAGAAGGCGAUAGAAGAUUGUCAGAAGGAAAUUCAUUUGCACGAGAAAUUAGAUCAUGUAAACAUCAUCAAGUGUUAUACUUCAUUUAUUGAAGAUGGUCAGAUGUACAUAGUUUUAGAAUUGGCUGAUGGAGGAGACCUUAACCGACUUAUUCGGUAUUACAAAAGCAUACGAAGUUUAAUCCCGGAACGAAUUAUAUGGAGGUACUUUGUGCAAAUAAUUCGUGGCUUGGAACACAUGCACUCAAGGAGAAUAUUGCAUAGAGAUAUCAAGCCAGCAAACGUUUUUAUUACUGCCGAUGAGACAGUCAAGUUGGGUGACCUUGGCCUGGGACGUCUUUUUAGUUUUAAAACUACUGCUGCUCAUUCGUUGGUGGGUACACCGUAUUACAUGAGCCCCGAACGAAUAAAAGAUGCUGGUUACAGUUUCAAAUCAGAUAUGUGGAGUAUUGGGUGCUUGCUUUAUGAAAUGGUAGCUUUACAAUCACCAUUUUAUGGAGACAAACAAAAUUUGUUAUCUUUAUGCAAAAAAAUUGAGAAUUGUGAAUAUCCUCCACUUCCGUCAGAUAUUUAUUCAGAGCAGAUACGUGAUUUAAUUGCAAGAUGCUUGUCCGCUAUUGACACUGAACGCCCUGAUGUUUGGGAAGUUUUGGAUGUUGCUGAACGACUAAACACCUAUUUCAAUGUAAACGCAGAAAAAAUUAUUUUGUAUUUUCUUACUUAA